AUGCUAACAAAGCCAAUGGAUGGAGCAAAUCACUCUGUGGUGUCAGAGUUUGUGUUCCUGGGACUCACCGAUUCCUGGGAGAUCCAACUUCUCCUCUUUGUGUUCUCCUCCACAUUUUACAUGGCAAGCAUGAUGGGAAACUCCCUCAUUAUUCUCACUGUGACUUCUGACCCUCACUUACACUCCCCCAUGUACUUUCUGUUGGCCAACCUCUCCUUCAUUGACCUUGGAGUUUCUUCUGUCACUUCUCCCAAGAUGAUUUAUGACCUUUUCAGAAAGCAUAAAGUCAUCUCCUUCAGUGGCUGCAUCACUCAAAUCUUCUUCAUCCACGUCAUUGGUGGUGUGGAGAUGGUGCUGCUCAUCGCCAUGGCGUUUGAUAGAUAUGUUGCCAUAUGUAAGCCUCUCCAUUAUCUGACCAUUAUGAGCCCAAGAGUGUGCAUCUUCUUCUUAGUGGCUGCCUGGAUGGUUGGCCUUGUCCACUCCACAGUCCAAUUGGUUUUUGUGGUAAACUUACCCUUCUGUGGUCCUAAUGUGUUGGACAGCUUUUACUGUGACCUUCCUCGGUUCAUCAAACUUGCCUGCGUAGACACGCAUCAACUAGAGUCCAUGGUCACAGCCAACAGUGGAUUCAUCUCUGUUGGUUCCUUCUUCACUCUGAUCAUUUCCUAUGUUGUCAUCAUCCUCACUGUUCAGAAACGUUCUUCAGGUGGCUCAUCCAAGGCUCUGUCCACACUUUCAGCUCACAUCACAGUGGUAGUCUUGUUCUUUGGUCCUUUGAUAUUUGUCUAUACAUGGCCAUCUCCUUCCAUACACUUAGAUAAGUUCCUGGCUAUAUUUGAUGCAGUUCUCACUCCUUUCCUGAAUCCUGUUAUUUACACAUUUAGGAACCAAGACAUGAAGGUGGCAAUGAGGAGGGUGUGCAGACAGCUAAUGAGAUAUAGAAAGAUCUCUUAAGUGAGGCCUGUAUUGUGAAGAGCCCUUGUUGAUUACUGAUGUUCAUUACUGAUGGUCAAACUCAGAGAGAAGCUUUUGUUUACCCUACCUAG